AUGGACACUUCCAAAUUCUUCAUCGAUUUCCAAGGCGAAAAAUACGUGGAUGGCUGGGCCAAUCUCUGGAGUAUAGGCGAGUCUCAGAUUUGGGAUAAGGGAUUCCCAAACCCCGCACUGGAGGACGCAUUGGUCCAGCAGCGUUCUAUCCUGGGAGAUCCGCUUACGGUCGAUGCGCAGGGAGUCGAGCACCGCAAGACGGCUCUGGUUCCUGGUUGUGGAAGAGGUGUUGAUGUGCUCCUCCUCGCCAGCUUCGGUUAUAAUGCCUACGGACUAGAGUGCAGUGCCGUCGCCGUCGAGGAAUGCAAGCAGGAAGAUACCAGAAACCGUCAUCGGUAUCCCGUCCGGCACCCCGAGGUGGGUCGUGGAAAGGCGAUAUUCGUACAGGGUGAUUUCUUCAAAGAUGACUGGCUGAAGGCACUUCGGUUGCCAUUCAAUUGCUUUGACCUAGUUUAUGAUUACAGGUUUUUCUGCGCGCUGAACCCAUCAAUGCGUCCACAAUGGGCCCUUCGAUAUGCCCAGCUUCUUGCUCCAUCCCCGCGCGGUAAUCUGAUUUGUCUCGAGUACCCCAGGAACAAGGACCCUUUGCUACCAGGCUCGCCAUGGGGGGUUUCGUCGGAGGCAUACUGGGAGCACUUGACUCACCCCGGCGAAACAAUUCCCUACGAUGAUCAUGGUAGAUGCGCAAGUGACCCUUCUCGGAAGCCAGGCGAACGGCGGUUCGAACGAGUUGCAUAUUGGCAGCCCGCUCGGACCCACGACAUUGGAAUAGACGAGAUGGGUGAGAUACAUGACCGAAUUUCCGUAUGGCGUCGACAGUAG